AUGCAUUGCCGGGCUUUUUCGGGAUGCCUCCGUUUUCCGCGGCUCCAGCCCUCCGAAUCCGCGGCCGCCGGAUGCGUGGACUCGGCGAGCGGCUUCGAUGCGGCUUCGAUGCGCUGGCUGGUCGCUUGGGCCCCUGCCGCCUGGGCGGUGCCCGCAUGGUGGGGCGAGCCUUCCGGCAGGUAUGGCUACGAGAUGGCCCAGGCCUUAAGGCGGGGCUUUGCAGUUCUAGACCUCGGCGCUGAAUCCGCAGCCAUCGAGGUGUUUGCCCAGCAGAACAGCUCGAGCGAGUGCGCCGAAGGUCCGCAGGAGCACCUCAACGUCCUGGACACGAAAUCCCAGCACUGGAGCCCACCCCCCUGCUACGAACAAGACGACUCCGACUCCGACUCUGGGGGUCCGUUGCGGCUCAUGGCUCAGUUGCAGCAGGUCGCUCGCUGGGCUGUUCGCGCGGCGGCUUCUCACGAUGGCUCGCCAGUGCAAGGGCGAUGGCUGGAGCGAGCACUGGAGGAGAUGAAUAGCCGGAGGGAGCUGUUGAGGGCCUUCGCCUACCGGGGCCUUGGCAGCGAGGCAGUGGCCGCGGAGCCGCUGAACCCUCGGGUGCCCUCCAAGGCCCUGCCGUUUCGGGCCGUUUCGGCCCGGCUCGAGCUGGUCCUUUGA